ACCAUUCCGCCAGGGCCCAAGACCGACGUAGCGAAGUUGAUCAUGUCCUCUGCUGACCCCACGCACAGCUUCGUCUCGUCGGAGCUCGGAGCGCGCUCGCACUUGGUCAGUGAGUUCACAAUCGUGCCCUUCAUCGUCAAGUUGUCGUCUGCUUGGAAGAUCCGCUUCAGCUCGCCGAUUUGGGAUGCGGGGAAGGGCAGUUCGGAGAAUAUGGUUCGGGGAAGAAACGACCUUUUCGACAUUCUUCUCGAGGCUGGGGGACAAUCGGGAAAGCAGAGGAGCCUAGCAGCAGAGCAAAACGCUGGAAUUUGAGUUGCGAGAAAGUUUUGGGCGGCAAGCUUGGCGAAAGUGGCGGACUAGACGGCGAUCAUGGGGAAGCCAUGGAGAUUAAGAAUUGGGAGUUGGGGAGGCCGCUCCCGAUCUCCUUAUUCCAGUAUUGAGCCAGAGCCGUCCAAUUCGUCGCUCCCGAUCCAAUUACCAACCCGACCAAGACGCUAUUCCUCCCUUCAUAAAGAUAAAAAGAUGCU